AUGGAAUUAAAUAAAAAUGAAGAUAUAAAUAAAAUAAAUUUGGAUGGUAUACAAGUUGAGUCUUCCUCAAAAGAGGAAGCCAUUAGGGUUUGCACUCGUAUAAGACCCUUGUUUCAGAAAGAAAUUAACCAAGGACACUUGAAGGCUUGGAAAAUGAAUGAAACAGAUAUGCACUUAAUUAUAGAUCCUCCGUCUAUGACAGAAAUGUUAAAUGCAAGGGUUGCUAAAAAAGGAAAUAAAAUAGAAUUAAAAAAGAAUGUGGAAAAGAGUGAAGGACAAAAAGCUGUUAUACAGCGUCAUUAUGCAUUUGAUAGAUGUUUCGACGACUUUG